AUGUCAAAACCUCAUCUCAUCUCACUUAGUCUUAUCCCCCCCCCGAUGUCCCACGUAGUUGUUGCUGGUGCUGGUGUGAUUGGGCUAAGUAUAGCCCAUCAAUUGCUUUUGCAAAAUUCGAAGAUUCAAAAGGUGACCAUAAUUGCCAAAGAUUUCCCCCAUGAUCUGCUUACUUGUGAAUACACUUCACCAUGGGCAGGUGCUCAUUUUAGACCAUACCCUCAUAAACCGGAGUCAUGGGAAAAUGACGCUAGAGAGGCAAACUACACAAGGGUCACCCAGCAGUUUUUCGAGAAAUUUGCAGCCUUGAAUCCAGAUUCUACCAUUAAAUUCAGCAAAGGUACGGAUUUUUUGGAAGCUCCUUCAAAAGAAUAUUUGGAAUUGGGAUCUGGCUACAAUGCAGACUCUCUUAAGGAAUUCAAAGUCCUGGAAAAAUUACCCGAUGGCGUUAAAUUCGGUGCAGAAUAUUUGACAUUUUGUCUGGAUGCGCCAGAAUAUUUGAAGUUCUUGCAGAAUGCCAUUGAACAGCUGUGCAAAUUGCAGAACAUCCAACUUCAAUUCGUUAAAUUGACAUUGCCUUCCCUGAAGUACAUUAAGGAACUGUACCCUGACGUUUCGCUAAUUUUCAAUGCCACGGCUAAUGGGUUACAGUACAACGGUAGCUAUGAUCCCGCCUGUUUUAAGAUUCGAGGUCAAACUCUGUUGUUAAAUGUAACACAACCUACCCCUUACAACCGCAAGACAAUUACCCAUCAGUCGAAAGAUGGUCAUUGGACUUUUGUCAUCAGAAGAUCCGCAACCCAUUAUAUCUUGGGUGGUACUAAGCAACCUGGUGACGAUUAUCCGUUACCAAGGGAAAGUGAUACGGUAAAAAUCUUGUCCCGUGCCUCCAAAGUUUUCCCUGAUUUAGAUACCUCUGAUAUUAUUCGUGUCAAUGUUGGAUUUAGGCCUGCAAGGAGAGGUGGAUCGAGGGUGGACAAAUCCCUCCAUGAAGGUUUACCUGUUGUUCAUGCUUAUGGGCUAGGUGGCUCUGGUUUUGAGACCUCUGUAGGGGUAGCAAAGCAUGCUCUAGAACUUGCAGGACUAGGAAGACUGGAGAGCAAGCUCUGA